UAGAAAAUUUAAUACAUUGGAGUUAACUGUUGAAUACCAUAAAACUAGGCCCUUGAAAAUGCUAAUGAACCAAGGCUUGCGCACUGCGCAUGCGCACUGCCUACUUGCUGAAAUCACCCAAUAAAAUCAUAGUUUUAGGUCAUGUGACUAUACGCGGAAAAGAAAAUUCUGCGCGCGAAGUUAAUCUAGGCGAAGCCUGCGGCAACGUUUCGUUCGCAUCUUGUCCUUUGUUGAAGAAGGAGUAGCAGCAUUUCUCUUGACAUCGGCCAUUGGAAAAAUUAUACCACAAUGCCAGGAACGAAGUAAGUUAAAGUGUUUAUACCUAUUUUUAGUCAAAGUUUUAAUCUCUAAAAAAUUAUAUAUAUGUGUUGCUAGUUGCUGUUUCAAGUGUGUAGCUAAAGUAAAACACGCACGUAUUAUUUUCUAACCGAUUACCACUAUUUAUACGACUGUAAUUGCUUUUUUAAAGGAAAGUAUGGUAAACAGUAACAGCUCAAUCUUCAUUUUUUUUUUAUCACAUCAAAUUCUCACAAUCAUGAAUUUAAAUAAUAAAUGAGGCAACGUUUUAUCUACUCAUUGUCUCGUCAGCACUCAUUUUGUAAUGAAGUGAAUAUUAAAUUUCGAUAGAGGGGGUGUUAGGUAAAGUUGACGUCUGCUACGAACUAGUAGUGCUGGCCAGUAGUCUUAAUUUACGUAGUAAUUAGCUAGACUGUCAGAUGGAUUAGCCUUUAUGCCAGCAAUGAACAAUAUUCAACUAUUUAUGAAAUGGGAUAUUUACAAAUUUGCCUAAUGAAAGACUUAAAUAUUAAUUUGAUUUGGGAGGGGGGUAGUUUUUGCAAUGAGACCUUUACUUUAGUUACUUAAAAUUGUGUCAUUAUUUUACUCAAGUAAAUUAUUGGUAUAGGCCCUAACUUUUACAAAGUUAGAAAUAUAAUUUUGGUUUUGCUCAAUUAUAACUUAAUAUAAUUCAGAAAUUGUCCUAUUUUUGGAAUUUUUGUAGUUAAUGUUACCCCACGCUGUCAUGGGUGCAGAUCUUUCUUUUAAAUCUUACCCCGCCACAGCCAGUGGUGUGUGUAGGUCUUUUUACUGUUAACCAGGAUGGGUAAUAGUAAUGUAAUUGUAAAAAGUUCUUGCCAGUUUUACCUUUUUCAGUUGGGGCUUUUAGUUUUAUAAUAGUUUUAGUUUUGUCACCAUUGGUUGGCUUGUAAUAAGUAAUGCCAUUGAUUGAGUUAUGACCUAACCAUUAGGCUUGGGUUUAAAUACAUUAAAUUUUUUAUUGGACUGCCUCUCAUGCUAGUUUUCUCUGAGUAAAUUUGGAUAGGGUAACAUAAAUAUUUUUCUUUGAUUGAAGUUUGAAGUGUAAGAUUUACAGAUGACUGGUCUGGGGAGGGGGGGGGAGGUAAUACUACCACACAUCACAGCCUCCCAAUCGCUGGCUUUAGCCUUUUUGAUUUAGUUCCAUUAAGUUCAUAAAGUUAAAGCUAAAGCUAAAGACUAUCAAAAUAUGAAACAGGAAAUUGCAAGCAAUUCAAUAGAAACUAGAAACCGUGUAGCCUACAUUUUAAGAAAUAAUUGUUAAAUUGCUAAGACUAUAAGACUCAAGACUAAGAACACAGGGUAUUUUGUAGCUUUUUAGGAUGUUUUGGUUUAUUUGGAUUAAUUCAUGCUAUUUUUUAAAGUACAAGUCUAAGUUAAUAUUCUUUCAGUUUUUUGAUUACCAGAUUUUCGAAGACAUGGCUAGCUACACUAUAGUAUUUAUGUAAUAAAAUUCAACAUAGUUUAAGUCAUAGUCCCAUGCCUUCUGAAUGUCUGGUCCAGCUUCUUUCAUUUGUCUUGCUGUCAGGGUGCCAGUUAAUUUCAAGUAUUUUUUAUCCUACACCCAUUUUCACAUAAAUUGUAAAAAGCUACUAGUAUAGUUACCUUAGUUAUUCUUUGUGGUUGUUUGGAUUUUGUUUAACAUUGACUUUCAUAUGUUUUUUGGAAUGCUUAUCAUUCAUUUCCUGUAGGCUUAUGCUUUUGUCUGUAGUUAAAAUGAAAUUUAAACUGGUUUCUCUAAUUUAAAAAAAAAAAAAAAAACUAAUUUAAUAGUUGUUUGUUUAUUUUGAUUUUUGGAUGUUGUUAAAAAAAUAGUAUGAGAUAGGCAUUUCUACAUUAUUCCUUAUCAAUAUUGGUAGGGUAUUUCCCUAAUUGUUCUUUUUGGUGUAUCCCUUAUUUACACAGUUGUCUGACUAAAUUUAUUUUGCCUUGACAUGUUUUAAAGUUUUCUUUGUAAAAGUAUAAGAUGGUGGUUCUGGUGAGUUGAUCAUUUCUUACAAAUACUUUCAGUUUUCUUGAAGCCAGAAGGUUGGGGGGGGGGGUUAAUUGCAAUGUCAUGUAAUUUAUAUAAUCUCAUUUUUUUUUUAGUUUUUGCCUUCAUGAGUCGUUACAUAGGUAAGGGGAGGUUGGGGUCUAGUCACAAAAUCAUUCAAUCAAUUUCUUAUAAAUACUUUCAGUUUUCUUGAAGCCAGAAGGUUGGGGGGGGGGGGUUAAUUGCAAUGUCAUGUAAUUUAUAUAAUCUCAUUUUUUUUUUAGUUUUUGCCAUCAUGAGUCGUUACAUAGGUAAAGGGAGGUUGUGGUCUAGUCACAAAAUCAUUCAAUCAAGUUUUCAAUAUUUUUAAUAGUAGUUAUGAUGUAGUUAAUUAAAAGUUCAAAGUUGUCUUACUUAUAUCAAUGAUUAUCAACAUGACCUGCUGACUAGUAUUGUUUAAGUUUUAUUGUGAUUAGUGCCCAUCAGUUGCAAUCCCCUUUUAUAAGUUCAUUUCAAACCCACUAUCGAUUUUGAAUUGAUACUUUUUGUUUCAUAGUUGUAAUGUGUGUGAUCUGCUAGUAUUACAGACCUGUUUACCAUCAAGCUCUUAAAAAUCCUACAAUAUCAUCCCAAAAUGGAUCAAUAUGUUAGAUUUAUUGUAAAAAUUAAACAUAUAGUAAAUACAAUCUACACCUCAAAAUCAUUAAUUGCACGCCAAGAUUAUAGGAGUAAACAGGUCUGGUAUUAUUUGAUGCUCUUUAGUAACAUGUUUCCAUGUUCACUUGGGGCAUUAUUUCUCCCUAUAGAAUUGUGAAUUUCAAUUAUUUGACUAUAAAUUAUAAUAUGAAAUCUCAGUUUCGAAAGUUAUGAUUAAACAAAGAAGUUGCCAAUUAGAAUAUUGCUUUAGAAUUUUUUGCCCAUAUCAAUGUCCUGCGUUUUUAUGUUUAAACUAAGAUGUAUCCAAACAGUUCAACAGUUCUUUUGUUCUAAUAUUGGUUGUAGAGAUCUCAUUUAUAAAACCUUUAUAUUGAUUUCACAUCCGAAAUUCAUUUACCUUGCUACCACCCUCUUGUCUUAUAUUUGUACAUGUAUUUAAGUCUAUGCUAUGUAAUCUGGUUGACUUUGUGCAAUUUGUUCUAGUUUGUAUAGAUUCUAUUUGUGUCUUUUGUGACUUAAAAGCCUGACGAGCUCUGGAGUUGGAUUAAUUUAUUCCUAUGCAAAUUUAGUGUUAUAGAAAGUCUAAGAAAGGUGGCUGUGCCUUGAUUAAUUAAAAUCACACAUGUAGUUUGUUCUAAUUCAUGGUAGGAUGGUGGUGCUCCAAGUACCUUUUCUAAUUUCAUUGAUGGAAGCGGCUUUAAUGUGCCAUUCUCAUGCUGAUUCUGAUUGUGUAAUGAGUUUCACUAAUUUUUUCUGCUCUCCAGAAACUUUCUAAAUACUAAGUAAUUAUUAUAAAAGAUAUGAUUAGUAUAGAAGGCAAGGGAAAAGAAUCACCAUUUACAGUGUUUGUUUUCCUGGUCUUAUUUUAAAAAAUUAUGUUGCUGGUGCAAGACUCUUAAAAGGGGCUAUAUUUAAUAAAACAUUCUCCUUGCCAACAAACAUUAAAACAAGUUGCUUUUAUUUCUGUAAGGAAUCUUCUAUGACAAUCUCAUAGUCCAGACUGUCCAUUCUUUGUUUGGUAAAUUUAUCAUGCAUAUUUUUUUUCUGUAUAGUUUUCUAUUGUCACUUAUCCUCAGUAUUGUAUGUGCUUAAAUCAAUAGUUGUGCUUUCAUACGGCCUGCUUUAUAUUUAGCUCUUGUCGUUUUCUCUUUAUAAAUUCAUCCAGCUUUUGAGGUGAAGUUCUUGAAGGAAUUACAUUCAGUUGUUUUUUAUUAUUUUGUUCAUGCUUUUAAUUUAUUACAACCUGUAUAUCAUUUUAAAAUUUCUGAUGUUCUGCAAGUCUGAAGAAUUGGUUCCCAAUUAAGUUUUCUACCUACAAGCAUAUUGUGAAAAGUAUUUUAUAAGGCCUGGGUUGACUUGUCAUUCUUGUCCUAUUAUUUUCUAUAGAUAUGCUUUUCAUUACAUCUUAUUUUUUAGUUUUAUCCCUUGUAUUUAAAAAAAAUAUUUGUUAAUUCAACAGGGAUGAAGUAGCUGUUGAGGAGAAUGAGGCUGAAACAACAGAGCCCAUUGUUGCAAAGACAGUGGAUGAUGUGAAAGCUAAGAAAGAUGAGGUGGGUUGGUUUCAUCUUCAUUUGUUUAAGGAUUGUCUAUGUAAUGGUUAUGAUUAUUCCUUUAUGCUUAUUCCUCUUGAAGUAUGGACAGUAAUUUGUGUUUUAUUUUCUAGGCUGAAGCUGAUGCAGAAGAGCAAACAGAGGAAACAUCAAAAACAGAAGAUUCAGAGGAAAAUACAAAUGAAAAUGCCAGUUCAGAAGAGACAGAAUCAAAAACAGGUGUGUAAUACUUCAUAUUCUAGUUCAUAUUCUAAUUUUAAUAGUAUUCAUCUCUUAGUUUUUUUAAUCACUUUGUGGUGUAUACACAUUUUUUGAGUUUUUAAAAUUUAGUUGAAAUGUCAAUUCAGUCAGAACUGUUGUUUGGUUUUGUGACUUUAUUGAGGAUGCAUUUGCUUUAAAACAUGUUCUUAAACUUCCUUAGAAACAGAAGAAACCACAGCAGAGAAAAGAUCUGUAGACGACAAAGAAUCUGAAGAUGGUGAAGAUGAAAGUCCGAAGAAAAAAGUAAAGAAAGACAGUGAAACAGAGUCAUCGAAUGGCACCACAGAAGUGACUGAAUCUGCCUAGUUUGCAUUUUUAAAUAUUAUUAUUUGAACUUUUUUGUACCACACAAAUGUAAAAAUGUGUUUAUCAUCAUGUUCAGGUGAAUUUUGAGAUAUUUAUAGUCAGGUUGUAUACUUCAUCAUGGUUCUCAUUGUUUGUGACGUUCUUGUAAUAAACAUCUUAAUGUAACUUACCUCAUGGGUUUAGUAAUUUUUUGUUUUAUUAUAUGGAUAAUAAUAUAGCUGGUGUUGUGUUAAAUAGUUAAUAUACAUAGUGGCUCUUUCAUUAACCAGUAUACUAAAGUUAAUUCAGCUGAGGAAUGAUUUUGUUAGUACACUAUUUUCUCCAGCUAGCCCUUUUCUCCCCAAACAUGUUUCUGUGCAUGUGUAGUUACUUUAAAGAAUGAUUCCUUUACCUAAUAUUAAUGGUGCAGAAGUUGUCAUUUUCUAGGAUGCUGAUACUUUAUGACAUUUAGG